CCGCUGCCGUCCCAGCCGCUCCGGUCGCACCAUGUCUUCGCCUCCCGAGGAGAAGCAAGAAACGAAAGCUGGACACCCGCCCGCUGUGAAAGCUGGUGGAAUGCGAAUCGUGCAGAAACACCCGCAUUCUGGAGACACCAAAGAAGAGAAAGACAAGGACGAGGAGGAGUGGGAGACCGAGCCCAGCCCGCCCAAACCCACCGUGUACAUCUCCGGUGUCAUCGCCCGGGGCGACAAGGACUUCCCCCCGGCGGCCGCCCAGGUGGCUCACCAGAAGCCCCACGCCUCCAUGGACAAGUACCCGUCCCAUCGAACCCAGCACAUCCAGCAGCCUCGCAAGUGACCGCGAGGACCCAGCGCCCUCCCCUGCCAUGCCUGGUCCCCGACAUUUGGUAUUUCCCCGGCAAAGAGAACUGCAUUUUCUUCCAAACAUUUUUCCAGUGGGCGAUCUAAGGCAAAGCAACGUGCCCUUCCUUUGCCGUACAUUUCCAAAUCAAAGCUAGAAACAGACCCCAAACCUUGUUCCCAGGGAGUCCUGUUUGGUGAGGGGCCAUUAGCAAAACCUGCCAAGUUCUGAGCAAAAUGAAGGUGCUCAGACUUUAGCUUUAGAACUACUUCAGCCAUUGACUAAAAGUCCUGCCUAUGGUCUUAAAGGGGCACAAAUGUGGGAGGGUUGGAUUGAGAUUAGGAGGAAAGCUCAAUCGUUUUAUGCUUCUAAGUACUAAGACAAUCAAAUCUGCACACCUAAGGGAGCAUAAGAAAUGAAGGUGUUCAUUACAGGGGUAGGUUUCAGAAAGACAUCAAGGAAAACUUAAAAUGGACCACAGCAACCCUGAAUGUCACUCCCUAUGCGACCAGGAGUCCCUGUGCAGGGUGACCCCAGAAGGACCAAAGAAAAGUUUGCGUCUCUGAGAUGGCUCUGUUAUUACAGGAGUCAUCUUGCUGAAAAAUUAGAGGGCAGGUAGUUUGCCCGAAGGUAGUACCUUUGGGAGGAGAUCUCAGUGUGGGUCCCAAGUCCAGCACCGCCCACCAUCAAGGCAGCCUGCACCCGAGCAAUCGAGACAAACUCGUGUUUGUCAUCACUCACCUCUAGAGCUGUCUCUGAGUUCUGGAAGUGGCCACUGGCCAGGCAGACGGACAGCCAAUUCUGGACACA